CGGCUCGUCAUGAUCGCGUCAUCAUUGUGCGCGCAGCAGGGCCAAGAAACAGACGCAGCCAUUGCUGUUCCUGUGUAAGGGUAGGAACAGGAUUUGUCAACACCCCAGCUGGGAUCAUGCCGGCAGGGAAGGUUUUCCGCCGGAGGAAGGUGGAUUCCGAGGAGGAAGACGAGGAUGAGCAGGUCACCGAGGAGGUCCGAUUAAAAUUGGAGGAAGCAAAAGAAGUGCAAAGUCUAAGGAGGAGGCAAAAUGGAGUGAGUGCUGCCGCUCUGCUCGUCGGGGAGAAGUUGCAAGAAGAAACAACCUUGACGGAUGACCCCUUUAAGAUAAAGACCGGUGGAAUGGUGGACAUGAAGAAAUUAAAAGAACGGGGCAAGGACAGGAUCAAUGAAGAAGAGGAUCUCAACCUCGGGACCUCUUUUUCAGCAGAGACCAACAGGAGGGACGAAGACGCUGAUAUGAUGAAAUACAUUGAAACUGAGCUGAAGAAGAGGAAGGGAAUUGUGGAAAACGAGGAGCAGAAAGUGAAGCAGAAGAACGCGGAGGACUGUCUGUAUGAGCUACCCGAGAGCAUCCGGGUCUCUUCGGCCAAGAAGACGGAAGAGAUGCUGUCCAAUCAGAUGCUGAGUGGCAUCCCUGAAGUGGACCUCGGCAUUGAAGCCAAGAUCAAAAACAUCAUCUCCACCGAGGAGGCCAAAGCGAGGUUGCUUGCUGAGCAGCACAAUAAAAAAAAAGAGAGCGAAACCUCCUUUGUUCCCACAAACAUGGCUGUCAACUACGUCCAGCACAACAGAUUUUAUCAUGAAGAGCUGAACGCGCCAGUGCGGAGAAACAGAGAGGAGCCCAAAGCCCGUCCACUGAGGGUGGGAGACACUGAAAAGCCAGAACCUGAGAGAUCUCCACCGAACCGCAAGCGUCCACCGAACGAAAAAGCAACAGAUGACUAUCACUAUGAGAAAUUCAAGAAGAUGAACCGGCGGUAUUGAACUAGGCUUUUCCAGAUCACAAGAGCGCUCCUCAGGCAUUUGGGGGGGCACACAUGGGAGCUUACAGAAGGGCGAGUUUUGCUUAGAAUCAUCCCCGUGAUCAGGAGCUCUGAUUGUACAGGGUUCCUGAGCGCAGAGUGGAUUCUAAGCGCAUUCACCCCAAACGCACUUAAAAGUCUCCCCCACUUCCCCCGCUCAAAAGACCUUCCUGCUGAACGUGGGAACAUCUGGCAUCGUGCUCACCCAAAGGGGGGGGAUAUUUGGGGCAGGGCUUGCAUGCAUGUCCCACCCCCCUCUGCUCAUUUACCCCGCAUGCGGUCAUCCCAUACGCCUGAUGAGGGCUGUUGAAAAGGGUUGAUUGUUUGGACGUUCGCUGCUUCCAUUGGCCCGGAAAGAUCUGGAAAUACAUUUGUGCAAAUGGGGAUAUUCUUUAUUUCUUGCAGGUGUUAAGUUUUGCCUUACACAGCCUUCAUGGAUGGCUUGUACAGCGGUUUCUGAUUUGUCCUUUCUGUGUUAUGAUGUGUUGGUUUUCAAUUAUAAAACUUUAUUUUAAACA